AUGGGGGUGUUUGGGGGUGGUCAACAGCAGUUCGAAGGACUGGCAGAUGGCGAGAUGAUUGAUGAAGAUAAUCUGUCGGAUGGGAGUUUACCGGAGGAGGAGGAGGCUACAAAUCGACCGGACGGAUACGAGGACGAGACGCUGGAGGAAAUGCUCAUGGAGGGCAAGGUCGGCGGGAAAGAUGCCAUCAACAUGGAUAUCUACAAUAUUCCUGAUGUUGGGGGUAUGCAGCUUCCCGGACAGUUCGAUCGUGUUGCAGGUGAUGGCGAUGAUCAGGAUAUGAUCGAUCAAUUUGAGGCGGCGCGUCAGGCUCAGGGAAAGACGAAGGAGCAGAUGCUGAAGGAGCUGUUCCCAAGUUUCAAGCCUGGUGCGAUUCUGCGUUUCACGGAGUUGUUUGCGGUUAAGCCUGCGCCCGUGGUAUACGGCACGGGAAAGCAGGUUAAGCCGUGUGUGCCUGCACGUCUUCAGUUGGAUGUGGAGGUCGACGAUGCUCUGCGGUUAUUGCAAGCGAGUCGUCCGGCCCAUCGCGGUAUCCGUGCCGCGGGGUUACCCGAACACAAGCCGCCGCCACCAACCACGGCACAGGACAAAUCCAAAGAUGACCAGGACGAUGCAUCAGGCCCUGAGGACAGUGUGGAUGUGGGUCUAUACAUGGCCGUCGAUGACUGGGAGUCACGAAUUGCGUGGGAUACCUCGGCGCCAAAACGAGUCAAACCGACAAAUAUUAACGCGUCUACAGCAGGCGAUAGCGAUUUGAAGUGGAUUGAUGAAGAGGUAUUUGAGGGGAAUUUGGAGAGGGUUAACAAGGUCGUUCUGGAUCAGAAUGACCCGAAUUUGUUGCUUGAUCAGGCGAAGACUAGUAAUGGGCUCAAGCGGAACUUCGAGAGUGCUUUCCAGAGCGGCGCUGGUGCUCUCCUUAAGCGAUACAACAUCUCGAACGACGAGGCGUACGAUGCUCUGCGGGCCGACUCUCAAUCUCGUAUCCGACAGAUGUUGAGUCAGCUUAACAUCGAGCACGCGCCAUUUGCAAAUCGUUUGCAGUGUCCAUACUACAAGACGCGCAUCUCCAAGGCCGAAGCGAGAUCCUUCCAUCGGCCACAACUUUCAUUUAUGCUCAACCAUCCCAUUCAUUUCACUAAGUUGAAGAAGAGGGACAAGAAAGCAAAGGACCGCAUGACGCUCCAAACAACAAAGGAUGUUUCUCUCGCUGAUAACGGAAACUUUGUCUUGGUCGAAUAUUCCGAGGAACACCCGCCUGUCUUGUCGAAUGUGGGUAUGGGAAGUAAAGUCAUCAACUACUAUCGCAAGAAAACCGAAACGGAUGAGUAUCGACCAAAAAUGGAGAUUGGAGAGCCGCAACCUUUGGGUUUACAAGACCGCAGUCCGUUCUGGAAUUUCGGAGAAAUUGAGAAAGGCGAGGUGGUUCCGACACUUUACAACAACAUGUUGCGAGCGCCUGUGUUUAGGCACGAGAACAAGCCUACGGAUUUCCUUGUUGUCAGAAGUACCGACAACACCGGUACGAGAUACUACAUUCGUGGCAUCAAGCAUCUCUAUCUUGCUGGACAGAUAUUCCCGAGCAUUGAAGUACCUGGGCCUCAUUCUCGCAAGGUCACGACCGCUAGCAAGAAUCGUCUGAAGAUGGUGGUGUUCCGUUUGGUCAGCAAGACACCGAACCAGCGCUUACUUGUUAGGGAUGUGACGAAGCACUUCCCUGAUCAAAGCGAUACGCAGAUCCGUCAGAGGCUGAAGGAAUUCAUGGAGUAUCAGCACACGGGUGAAGACCAAGGUUACUGGAAACUGAAGCCUUCCGAACCUCUGCCACCAGAGGAGGGUGUCAGAGCUAUGAUUUCUCCCGAGACUGUCUGUUUGUUGGAAAGUAUGCAUGUCGGCCGUCGUUAUCUCGAGGAUGCUGGUUAUGGCAAGACUGCGGAAGAGGAAGAUAACCAAGACGAAUCGGAGAUGUCCGCUGAGCAACAACUCGCACCCUGGAUCGCUACACGGAAUUUCAUUAACGCGACGCAGGGUAAGGCGAUGUUGAUGUUGAACGGUGAAGGUGAUCCUACUGGUCGUGGAGAGGCAUUCAGUUUCAUCCGCACAUCUAUGAAAGGCGGUUUCAGGUCAAACACAGACACUGCUGUUGAAGAUAGGGUGGAUCCGAACGAUAAGGACAAGAAUAAGAGUCAUGGCUACAAUGUGCGUCAGCAGCAGCAGGCGUAUGAGAGCGAGAUCAAGCGUAUCUGGUCGGCGCAGAAGACGGCUUUGAGCAACAAGGAAGAACCGGUGGGUUUGAUGGAGGGCGAUUUCGAUGAGGGGAACAGAACAGAAGUUGGUACACCCAGGUCAGAGUUCGGCGCGUCGCCCCAUCCUAGUGUCAUGGACGACGAUGUCAUGUCUGAAAUGAGCGCCAACAGCGCGAACAAAGUUCUGCGCAUCACGCGUCUCGUGAAGAACGCAUACGGAGAUAUCGAGAGAAAGAUUGAGAUUGUUCGCGAUCCGUCAGUCAUCCGAGCCUAUGUGCGCCGCCGACAGGCAAUUGAGGAUGGCGCGGCAAACCCCGAGUCCAUCGAGGUUACGAAUGACGAAGACGCCAACCGUCGUCGUAUGAAACUUCUCCAGGAUGAACUUGCUCGUCUGAAGCGUAACCAGGAGAGGCGUCUUGCUCGUAAGGCCGCGAAGGCUGCGGGUACGCUCUACAGAACUCCCAACACGGGAAGUCCGGCUACUGGUCAGGGAAGGCGUUGCGGAGCGUGUGGAGCAUAUGGUCACAUGCGAACGUCCAGACUGUGUCCGAAGUUCGAUGAAGCGGCCGCGCAAGGUGCUUCAGGUGCCGCUACCCCCGCUGCUGCCAGCCCGCCGCCGCAGAACUAA